AUGUUAUUUAGCAAAUUUAAAAAAUAUUCCAGUUAUGUAUACUGUCCAUAUUGUGACAAAUUAUGGCCUGGAUGGGAUGUGGACCUAUAUAAAAGUCAUCCAGAACAAAAAGGACCCGCCAUAGAAUUUCCAGGUGUUUGUAUAAAGGUAUUUAUUUGUUUUUUACAAAAGACAGCACAACAAAUUGUACAAAAUAAAUUAUUGUUACAAAAGGAAAAGAUGAGUAGCUUUGUUUUCAUGAAAAUUGUCUUUGAAAAUUUGUUAAUAGCAUCACUAGAAUUUCUGAAUCAUUAUGAAAUUAAGACAUUGGUGAAAGCACUUGAGGAAAUACCUUGGGAAGUUUCUCAGAGUGGAAGAAGGAAACAGAAUUUUGGUCCAAAGUGCAAUUUCAAGAAGAAAAAACUUCAAUUGGGUCCCUUCAAUGGAUUUCCAAAGUCCACUCAAUUUGUACAACAAAAAUUUUCUGAAGAUCCUAUUCUCAAAACUUUUCAAACGGUAGAGCAAUGUACUUUAGAAUAUAAUCCAAUAAGAGGAGCUUCAAUAGAUCCACAUAUUGAUGAUUGCUGGAUUUGGGGUGAAAGAAUAGUUACUGUAAAUGUUAUGGGUAACUCUGUCUUAACAAUGACUCCUUACCAUGGUCCAGUUACGAAAUACAAUUUGGAAAGUGUUGCAGAAUAUUCUACAGUGUACAAAGACCUAAAUUUUGAUAAAAGGAAUAAAACUAAAAGUAUUGAAGAUAUUGUUGUAAGACUCCCAAUGCCAGAAGGAUCUCUCAUGGUUCUUUAUGGUACUGCCAGGUACAAAUGGGAACACUGUGUUCUAAGAGAAGAUAUAAAAUCUAGGCGAAUUUGCUUAGCUUAUCGUGAAUUAACUCCCCCAUAUUUAAAAAACUCAUCAAAUAAUCAUGAAGUUAGAGAACUCUUAAAGAGAGCUUCAGUCUUUCAAUGA